AUGUUUUGUGCUGCUGAUAUCCAUUUCAUCUUUCUCUUCUCCUUCGUCCUUUCUUCUCUGCUGAUAUUGCGUCUACUUGUUGAUCUCUACUCUGUUCUCUCUCCUGCUUUUGUUAUGCGCUGUUUCCUAUCAUUGUUAUCUUUCGCUUCGCUUUGCUCAGAUACCUUGUUCGAUAUACAGAUUGCAGUAUUUGCUUAUCCUGGAAUUUAUGUCUACUCUGAUUUGAUCAUCUGCCGUGUAAAUUUGUCUUGGCAUGAGCGGAUUGUAUGGGAGACAGAUGCUCACCAUGGCUGGCUUGGAUGUGUACUCUCAAGACAAGAGAACCAACAAGCCUGGCUUAAUCAGAGACGGGGGAGAAAAAGGUGUGGAGAUGGUUCUUGA